AACAGUUGUGUAAAAAAUUUAAAACUUAAUCUCGUACAAAAGUUUGUGUAAAGACGCUGUCGUAUAUCGCAAUGAGUUACUUUUUACUUGGGCUGUUUCUUGUGUGCUUAGCAGUGGAUGAAAUACAGUUGUGUAGGAAAUCAGGUAACAUUUUAGAUUGCUCGAGACAAAAUUACAAUCAUGUACCUUAUUCAGUGAUCGAUAAUUACAGUGAUGGAAUAAGUGAGGUUGACUUAACUUACAAUAACAUAAAAACCAUUACAUCGUCAAACUUUAAAAUGUUCUACAAUUUGAAAAAACUUAGCUUGUCACACAACCACAUUACAUUGGAAAAUUUGGAACCAGACAGUUUCAAAAUAUUUACAAGUUUGAGGGAAUUAUACCUUGAUUUUAACAAUAUAAGUGCAGUUCCACGGUUGCUAUAUUUAACUCACUUAAGGCGUUUGGUUUUAGAUGGAAAUAAGAUUAACAAUUUGCCGCCAAACUGUUUCCAGAAGUUACGCAGGUUGAAAUAUCUCAGACUGAGUAAAAACAACAUUCAUACAAUCGACUACAAUGCUUUUAGGGGGUUGGAAAACAAGUUAGAUAAACUUUUUUUGCAUGGAAAUGAAUUAAAGUCAGUUCCAUCACGAGCUAUUAAAAGGUUGAAGAAACUAUCAUUUUUAGACAUAAGUAAAAAUAAAAUCACUCACCUAGAAGAUGAUACAUUUCGUGAUAUGUUUUCUUUGAAAAAUGUCAAAAUCUUCGAUGAAAGAAACACAUUAAAAAUAGAGGACCAAGAGAAAGACAUCGCAGUCAGCUUAAGCGCUUUCCGUCAUAUGAGAUCACUUGAUGAGCUGAAACUUCACUACUAUAAUGUUAAGAUAAAUGCUUUUCCCAACUUGGACGGAACUCAUAAUAUCAGAAGGAUCAGCGUGGCCAACAUAAAAAAAUUGACGAUACCAGAAGAAUUUUGUCACAAAAAUAAACAAUUACUCUCCAUAUCGGUUGGUUAUUGCAGUUUAGAAAGAUUCCCCGCUUUAAGCAAAUGCGAAUCCUUAAAUACGAUUGACUUUGUACUAAAUAACAUCACAUACGUUCCGAAAAAUUCGUUUAGUGGGUUAAAAAAUAUUCAAAAUUUGGAAAUUAUACAGCAACAAAACGAAAUAGACCGCAUAGACCGUGAUGCUUUCAGUAACCUACCCUCGUUGGUGGAGUUAGAUUUAUCACAUUUUCGCAUUGCAGAAUUCCCAAACCUUAAUGGUACACAUAAACUUCGAAAACUCAGCUUAAGGCAUUGUUCAAUAAAAAAGAUACCAUCACACAUAUGCAACAAUUUACAAGAACUACGCCACUUUGAUUUAGCUAUGAAUGAUAUCAAGCACUUGCCUGAUUUUUCUAUGUGUAUCAAUCUUAAGGAUAUUGAUCUCUAUGGAAACAGAAUUCAAACAAUCGGUGAACAGUUCAAAAAACUGAAAAAAUUAGAACACGUUUCACUGUCUGAUAAUCAUAUUAGUCAAUUAAGCGAAACUGCCUUUAAUUCCUCUUUCUUGACUUCUUUGUUGCUAGAUCGAAAUAUGCUUCGUGGUAUUCAGGAAAACACUUUCAAACACACAAAAAAUUUAAGAACUUUGAAUUUGUCAUACAACGACUUAACGCAUUUUCCUCGAAAAUAUUUGGAAUCAAUUUAUGAAAUUAAUGUAGUCGGAAACAAGAAACUUGAAAAAUUUCCCACUCAAGAAGAGAUGCCUCAUGCCCGGAGACUAACCUUGGUGUAUAAUUAUCAUUGCUGUUUCUUUAUGAAAAAAGUGCAGCAAAUCAAUCAUGAAGUGUCUGCAAGCAUUUUAACUAGUAACUCAAAAUGGAAGAAAUAUAACAAUGGUAAGAAUUUGUCCAACAGGUUUUACGUUAACACAAAUGAUAACGCUGUAGGAAUAGACAACAUAGAACCCCACUUAAGAUGGUUAAAUAACGGAACAAAACUUUAUUUUAACAAACCAGAGGAUGAAGAAAAUAGGAAUUAUAAUGCUAUUAAAAAUUUCGAUGUGGAUGCCUUCUGUGUUCCAAGCCCAAAUGAAUUUUAUCCGUGCGAAGACUUGAUGGGAAAGCAAUGGCUUCGUGUUUGUGUAUGGGUUGUGUUUUUACUGGCAGUGUUUGGUAAUAUUACUGUACUUGUUGUGUUAAUAGUUAAUUGUGGAAAACUGGAUGUACCAAGAUAUCUGAUCAUAAAUUUGGCAUUCGCAGACCUUUGUUUGGGGAUUUAUUUGGGUUUUUUAGCAUUUGUUGACCUUAUGACUCUUGGUGAUUUUCGUUCACAUGCACUUCAAUGGCAGUUCAGCAGUAGUUGCCAAAUUGCCGGCUUUCUUGCAGUAUUUGCAAGCGAACUUUCUGUGUACACAUUAACUGCCAUCACUAUUGAAAGAUUUACCACCAUCAAAAACUCAAUGCAUGUUGAGCGAAGAAUGUCAAAAAACCAAUCUGCCAUUGUUAUGUCAGUAGGCUGGCUUUUUUCAGCAGGUGUAGCAGCUUUACCUCUUAAUUUAUUUAGCGAAACGAAAUUCAGUGACUACAGCAAAUACAGUGUCUGCUUACCAUUCGAACAGGACAAAUUAUCAUCUAAGGUGUAUUUAGUGUUUUUAUUGCUUUUCAACACUUUGGCUUUUGUUAUAAUCCUAGCAUGCUAUGUUAAAAUUUAUUUAUUUAUUCGAGGAUCAAAUGCUUGGAACUCUAGUGACACACGUGUGGCAAGGCGGAUGGCCAUAUUAGUUGCCACAGAUUUUUUAUGUUGGUUUCCCAUUAGCGUAACAGCGAUGUCAGCUGUUUUUGGCAGUUCCAUUUUGUCAGAUUUAUGGAUGUCCAAAGUCUUGACAGUUUUUAUAUUUCCUCUCAACGCAUGUGCAAAUCCUUUUCUUUAUGCUAUUUUAACAAAACAGUUUCGAAAAGAUAUUGCUUCACUUGUAAGAAAUAUUAGAGAAACUUUAAUCCGUCGUAAAACGAUAAGAAAAUCUCUUUUAAAACUGCCAAUAAAAGAAAGUUUAACGUACUCCACAUCUGUCCGUCGAGGUUCGUCGUGUUCAUUUCUGUUUAAUCGGCGAUGUUCUUCUAAGCCAGAUGACGUAAAAAUGACAUCCAGAAGCAUGACUCUGUUCCGCCAGCACGAAGACAUACACGAUGAAGAUUUUCAAGACGAGUGUAACGAAAUGCUAACAAGCGUGUGAACAUGAACAGUAAAUAAAUGAAAAGAUUAACAUUUUUAACAGAACCAUAUAUAAACAAUGCAACCGUAAAAUGUUGUUUAAUUUCUGAUAAGUAUGUUUUUACUGAUUUAUAUCUGAGGAAAUGUUUGUCGUUUUAAAUUA